AGGAGAAGCUGUGCUUGGUACGGAGUACUGCAAAGCAUGGAAGCUUUUGCCUGCUUUGACGAUAUGAUAGUCUAUCAGAGCGAACAGCAAUAUUCUUCGAACCGCUUCAAGAUCCUAGUCAUUGGAACGAAAGGCUCAGGAAGAUCGUCAUUGGUUAGACGUUUCAAGUCUAAUACUUUUGAGAAAACAAAAAAUGAAACUGAUUUAUCGGAAGUAGUAGUUCUGGUUCGUGCAAUUCAAGGUUAUAUAGCGAAAGCAGACGUACAAAUUGCAGAGUUGUCAACAUUUGUCGCGGAUGGUGACGAUAAAUCGAGUCCGGUCAAAGUGCACAAUGCAAAAAAUUAUCUAGACGUAAAUGGGGUGCUUCUCCUCUACGACAUGACGAAUGCAACGGCUUUUGAGGAGGUCACUGAUGCACUAUCAGCACUUCAAAAAAUGGUCGCUCCUGACGUAGACAUUUAUCUUGUUGGAACAAAAUCUGAUCUCAUUGACGCUCGUGCCAUCACUUUCGAAGAAGCUGAGGAAAGGGCAGAGAAGCUUGGAUAUUCUCUGUUUGAGACGAGUGCUGUGACAGGGAAGAACUGUGAGGAGCUGCUCGUCGAAGUGCUAGACAGACUAGCAGAACGAAGAGCUGCAGCUCAAGAAUAUUACCGCGAGAAGAAACAAAACAAGAAGAAUGAGAAAGAAAGCAAAGAGGGAGUGAACGAAGCCAAAAUGGAUGGGAAUGAGAUCAAGGAGGAGGAGCAGGUGAUGGAGAAGGCUACAGCAGUACCCGAUACGGAAUCAAUAAAGCCUAACUUCUUUUGCUGGAUUCCUGCUUUCUGGAAACGAAGAGCGUGAAUGAAAAUGAUAUGUAGUUUUCAUUUCCUUUUUCUUUGAAAUGUGGGGAUGAGAUUCAAAGGUUCUAACGCCUAAAAUGCGUUAUAUCCCGUUCGUUUCAACUGUAUGGAUUUUUCUUCACAAACAAUGUUCGUGACACAUUGUAGAUUAUGAUUAUCAUGUCUUGCAAAUGCGUCAGAAUAAGUUAGAUAAAUUUUUGUCCGUUUAAAAAUGGAUAAAAU